GGGCGGAGCAUGAGAAGGGCUGUCAGCCAGAGUGGUGUAGCAGACAGUGUGUGUGUGUGUAUGUGUGUGUUGCAAAAGUGUCAGGAAGAGGGACAGUGUGUGAGAGAACCUUUGGCUACUACUACUGCAUCCUGUGCAAUAUUGGAGUCUCCGAGACGAAAUAAACAAAUACAUAAUCUCUCUGAGAAGUUUGUGAUUGAAAAGAAAUCUGCAAGAAAUGCUGAAAAGAAGUUUGCAAGUUUUCCAGUGAGGUGGCUCUUCCUUUGAACUUCCUCUCUUUGGUACACAGGGUCGUGGGGAGUCUGAAGCCUAUCUCAGGGAACUCAGGGCAUAAGGCGGGGGACACCCUGGACAGGGUGCCAACCCAUCACAGGGCCAAAGUCUGAACAGAGAGACACGAGAUCGGACCUUGAGCAGUGACAUUCAAGGGGUGUGCUGAAAAGACUGAAGAGAAAUUUAAGUAGUGUUUAAGCCUCCUGGUUCAGCAGACUCAUGGCUAGCAACAACACUGCCAGCAUCGCCCAGGCGCGUAAACUGGUGGAACAGCUCAAGAUGGAAGCUAACAUUGACCGUAUAAAGGUGUCUAAAGCGGCUGCAGACCUGAUGUCAUACUGCGAAGCUCACGCUAAGGAGGACCCUCUGCUGUCACCUGUGCCUGCUUCUGAGAAUCCCUUCAGGGAGAAGAAGUUCUUCUGCGCCAUCCUGUAAGCAGUGAUGGCUGGCCUAGGGCAUGCCUGCUCCAUCUGGGACCCACACACAUUGAUGUUAAGAACGUAAACCUUUUAGCGAGGGCUGAGGGGCAGGCGUGCGGUGACUCCUCAACCUCACCUGGUUCUCCAUGCGACCCGUGCAAAACCCCAGCAUGGAGGGAGAGCCAGAGCUGUGCAUGUUUACAAAGGAAAGCACAGCCAACAUGAGCAACUGGCAUUACAGCAGCUCAAGCUGGAUAUGAUGUGUAAAUUGCAGUAUUAAUGCGGUAUUUUGUGGUCCCUAUGAGGUAUUCAAAUGUUUUGUUUGAUUAAAUUAAGUUGAUGAUGAUUUUGAAGCUGAUCACUGAGCAAAGAACCAUGAAUUGUCAUGGAAAUGUUCUGAUUUCUUCUUUGUUUGCUCUAUUUCAAUAAUCAUUGAUUUCUCUUAAAUGAAUUUGGUAUAUAUGACUUAGGUAGCUUUCUAUGUAUGUACUUUGUUUUUUUAAUUUAAUAAUAGUAAAUAGGUAAAAGCAUUUUUUAUGAAAGAUUUGCACACGUACAAAUAUUCCUAACAGAUAUGUAUCUUUAUGAAACUGAUUACAGCAUUUGGAUAUGUAUAGCAGGCAAUUUAAUUUUUUGUCUCCUUCAAAAAGAUAGGUCUUUUUACUAUUUGUAAAAAUCAACUGUGUUGUGCUGUAUGGUCUGAAUGUCUGUGGUGAUUCCAAUAAUAACUGCAUGAAAACUUAAAAAUUG